GUGUAAUUGCAAUGGAAGAAAAUACGUUCAGCUCAGAGUUCCAUCUUUCACUAAUUAUUUCUUUUUAUUAAUAUUCCUACAGUUCUCUCGGGUUGGGUGGGCAAAGGCAUCUUCUCCAUGUCAGACUGAAAGCUGGUGCUUAUUAGGACUAGGCCCAGGUCUUCAGUAAAAUUAAGGUUUGGAAGAGCGCCAUUCUAAGAUACAAAGAAAUCUGGACUUUUAACUGUAUGCUACCUAAACAUAGAAAUUUGAAAAUUGUAGCUUCCUUGCAAUUUAUUUUAUGAUAUUUGUACCUUUUACUUUUUCUGUAGUUUUUAUCCAAGAAAUACCAUGAGCACAACUCAAAGAAAACGUCGUGGAGGAGAAAUUGGUUCUAGGCAAACUCAAAAACGAAGUAGGCUGGCAGCUUCAGCUACAGAGAUGGCUUCAGAAGCAGAGCCAAUAGAACUUGAAGAAAGUGCUGGUGAAGAAGUAGUAGAUCUCACAUGUGAAUCUUCUGAACCUGUAGUAGUUGAUCUAACUCGCAAUGAUUCUGUUGUGAUUGUUGAAGAGAAUCAGCAACCGAGGCGAAAUCUAGGGCUAAGAAGCCAACGGCAGUCGGAUAGUUGUGUAUUAAGUAGUGAUGAAGAAGAUGAAUCAAGGGAUAAUGAUACGUGUGAAAGAAAUAAAGUUUAUGGAGGAUCAGAAACAUUGGAGGAUGAAACUACAGAUUCAAGGCCUUCAGGUAACAUUAGUUGUCCAAUUUGUAUGGAUGGCUAUUCAGAGAUUAUACAGAGUGGACGACUUAUCGUGGCAACCAAAUGUGGUCAUGUUUUCUGCAGUCAGUGCCUCCGUGACUCCCUUAGAAAUGCUAACUCUUGCCCAACUUGUAGGAAAAAACUCAGUCACAGACAGUAUCAUCCAAUUUAUGUAUGAGCACUUAAAUUCUUCUCAGGACAGCCUCAACUGGAUUUGGGGGAUAAUGUCAAGCCUUUCCAGUAUCCUGAACAUUAAAGAAAAAGCAGGUUGUAUACAUGUCCCAAUGUAAUAAAACUGAUUUUUGAAGAAUAACUUGUAUAUAUCUAAACAGCUUUUUUCUAUGGUCCAAUCCUACUGUCAGAAGUUGCUUCUUGUUUUGUCACUUGUUAUAGUGUUAAGUUUUUGAGGGUCUGCAAACAGACCAGUCGGUAUGUAUUAGAAGUGAAGCAGUUUAAUCUGUUUUCUGCUGCUGCUUCUGAAAUGCUUGUACACAACAGUUCUGUUUUGAUAUUUCUUACGCUUUUUAAAAAUUACUUCUUUAUCCCCUCCCCUCCACCCAAAGUAUAACCAUUAUCUUGUCUGCAGUAUGAACAGACCUUUAGCUUUUUCAGAGUUUUCAGUUGAAUCUUACCAAGAUGCAGGUGGCUGGUAGCAAGUUACUGAAUAAAUAGCCUGCUGCUAAGGCAUGUGGCUUAACUGCAGUGCAGUUUGUCCAAAUAGAAUAAGGGUUCUGUAACAACUGGACACUUGAUAACUUAAAGCAAUAUUAAAUUGACAGCCCUUGCAAUGCAAUAAAUUAACCUGCUUUUAGCCAGCAAAUCAUUUUUUCUGUAACCAGAACGCUUGAACUUGCAAACAUGUGUUUAUGAGCAACAUGAGGUCUAGAAUACAUAGCCAAAUUACAAUACUUGUAAUGUGAAAGUGUUUUGUUUCCGGCAUAUUGGAACUGCUAAAGAAUCCAUUUGUUUAAAUGACAACACUAGUAUUUCCUAAAUGUGAUGAUAUGAUCUCUUUAGUACUGUUUUGUGGCUCCUUCUAAUAAUAAAUAGUUUAUUGAAAUGCCCCACCAUGAGCAUAUUGGUGAAGAAUAAGAAGCAAGUCACGUGUUCUUUUUUUAUCAGCUAAAUACCAAACUACUCAGACAUAGUGCGGUCCUCAGUAAAGUGUAAUCAGUGUAGUUUUUAAAGGUCAGCAUGUUCACUAAACUUUUCUGUUCAGCUGCUAUCUUGACAUCUGACAGGUUUUAGGCAUGUAUGCAGCAUUAACAGUUAAGUGAUAGGUUUAACCAUAAGUUUAUACAGUUCCAGCUUUAAGUGGUGGCUUGGUAUUAAUGAUAUUGGGGUGGAAGCUUUGAAAAAAGAGUAAAGCCAAAUUAUUUACUCUUUGUUCUUAAGAUGAAAAUGUGCAAUAAUAUGUAUAUUCCUCUCUCUUUCUUUAGUAAAUAUCUUUUCAGGUAUAUGCUCUGUAAAAAGGUUGUAUAUUAAAAACAAGGUAAAAAUGCA